AUGGUGGAGGUGACGUGUCUGAGUGAUGCCGAGUUACAGAAUAAACUCAACACACUGGGAUUUCCACCUGGCCCAAUACUACCUUCCACCAGAAAAGUGUAUGAAAAGAAGCUAGUGCAAUUGUUGGUCUCAACUCUGCGUGCACCACCCAAGAAGAAUCGACCCGGAGAACUGAGCAGAGCUCGGGACGACGAUGGCAGUGAAGGUACCAUCAGAAGUCAGAGCUACACAGCCAAGCUGCUGUGUUCUCAAGCCAAGCCAUCCCGGUUCUCAGCAGGCAGUUUCUCCCCAGAGAGAUGCAAGACUUCCACCAGUAAACCAAAAGCCGUAGAAAUCUUCUGCUCAGAUUCUAACCGUACUAAGGGAAGAAGACGUGCUGCAAGAGUGUCAGACAUCAGAUGCGAAGCACUGAGGAGCCUCAAAGAGAAAGCCUGCCGCAGAGUGAACAGGGGAGCUGGAGACAGGAGCCUGGAAGCGUUUCCAAUGCGCUUGAUGCUCGCUGUGCUUGGCAUCUUCAUUAUCGUGAUAUUUGUCUACAUAACUAUGGAAAACAAGUCACUCUUUGGUUAA